GCAAGGUACCGAUCUGUUAUUAUUAUUUUUCGUGGACAAGCCAUCGAUGUAUUUAGCCAGGUCAUGCAAGAGAGUCGAUCGACACGUACAGACGUACACGGCCAGGCUGGAUCUAUAUAUAUAGAGCAAGUAAGUCCUCGGGGAGAUCGAUCUAUCUAGGGCAGGCAGGCCAUGGAGGAUGAGACGGCGGCACCAGCGGCCAAGAUCCGGAUCAAGACGAACCCGUACAUCCCCCAUGAGGUCGUCACCGAGAUCCUCCUCCGGCUGCCCGUCACAUCACUUCUCCGGUUCAGGUGUGUCUCCAAGGCAUGGCACACCACCAUCUCCAACGAUCCAUCCUUCCAGUGCACGCACCUUCGCCGGCACAGGACCGACGACCCGUGCCUGCUCAUCGCCCCGCGGAUCCAUGCGAUCGGCAAAAAUUUCAACGGUAGCCUCACCGGCCUCUACCAGUGGGAGGAGGACCAUGCCUACGGCACCGCGACGGCCCUCCUGUACCCAAUGCCGGUACCUCCGUUUCCCGAAUUUCUCGAGGCGCACGACCUUGUCCAUUGCGACGGGCUGGUGCUCGUGGGAACCCGGUCCGCAGCGUGGGUGCUCAACCCAGUGAUGCGCCGCGUCGUGGAAUUACCCUGGGGGCGCCUUGGCGGUUCAACGUCCUUCAGCUACCUCGAGGCGUUCGGUCUCGGGCGCGACCCUCGCUCCGACGCCUACAAGGUCGUUCGUUUCUUCAUGCCUCCGCGUGUGUUUAAUUACCUGAACCCGAGCCAUGAUUGUUUGUGGGAUGAGCCAAGUGCACUUCUCGCAAUCCCAUUCUUGAGGCAGCCGCUCAAUGAACUUGACUUCAUCAUCGACGAGGUUGUAGCUGAACACACCUCACGGCUGCCCCUCCUUGACCAAGCUGACCUCCAGACUGUGCCCUUCCAGAAUCAGCUUGUUGAGAUCAGUGAGAGCAUCAUCCAGAUGGGCAUGCGUCAUCUCUAUGGUCACAUGGCCGAUAACAUGUGA